GAAAUAGUCCAUGUUUGGAGAUUUUAGGAAGUUUAAAGGGGUAUAUUAACUGAGAAUCCUUUGAACCUCGUUCCUGAAAUAAACUUCCUGCAAUUCUUUGCAGUGUGCAGGUGUCCAGACUCCCCUUUACUCAUGGUCGCCUGUGAAACCCGUCAGGCAACUGAAGGCUGUACCUAAAAUUCUGCUGGCAGUGCAGCACACUGCAGUGGCCUUGAUAUAGUUACGGUGGACACCUUGUGCAGCCACAGCUGUAGCAUCCCCUCGUAGUCCGAACAACUGAGUAUUGCGGUCCAGGAGUCUACACGUGUGGAGGACUGCCUGGAAUAGAAAAAGGAAAGCUGCAGAGAUUGUAAGCUGCUGCUUGAUCCGUGUGGCUGUUGUGCCGAGGAACAUCAAAACUUUGCUGGAUGGAUCCGACAGCUCGUUGCAAAGUAGAGGUGCUAGAGGGUGCUGCUGAAGAAGAGGCUGAAGAGCCAGACGCAACAAUACAAUCAACACUAAGUGAAGAGACCAGCAACCCAGAAGAGAGCCACAGUCAAUCAGGGGAGAAAGAUGAAGAGAAGCAGCUGGAAAGCUUAAACAACUAUAAGGCGUCACCAAGUUCACCAAACAGUUUGGACGGGGCAGACUUGUCCUCCAUUGACGCCAUGAUGUCAGCAGUGAUGAAUGUGGGGAAGAUUGCUGAAAAUGGCGGGAAUUCUCAAAAUGUCAAAUCCCCCUCAAAGUCUCCUGCACCAAAUCGGAUUGGCAGGAGGAACCAGGAAACAAAAGAAGAGAAGUCUUCCUAUACCUGUCCUCUGUGUGAAAAAAUUUGCACUACACAGCACCAGCUAACUAUGCACAUUCGUCAGCAUAACACUGACACUGGAGGGACAGACCAUUCCUGCAGCAUCUGUGGAAAGUCUCUGAGCUCAGCGAGCUCCCUUGAUCGCCACAUGCUGGUGCACUCAGGUGAAAGGCCUUAUAAAUGUUCAGUAUGUGGACAGUCCUUCACCACCAAUGGAAACAUGCACAGGCACAUGAAGAUUCACGAGAAGGAUCCAAACAGCACAGCGAGCACCACUCCUCCCUCACCACUGAAGCGCAGGCGAUUGUCUUCAAAACGCAAGUUCAGUCACGAUGCUGAUCUGGACAGAGAGGAGAGGACACCUGCAAAAAAGGUUCUCGAGGAUGGCCAUUCCGGUGAAGGGGAUAAGAGGGCUGACGAUGAAGUUUAUCAUUGUCCAGUGUGUUUCAAAGACUUUUUUUGCAAGUAUGGGCUGGAGUCCCACAUGGAGACACAUCCAGAUAAUUCACUGAGGUGUGACAUCUGUUGUAUUACCUUUCGUACUCAUCGGGGCUUACUGCGCCAUAAUGCAGUCAUCCACAAGCAGCUUCCCAGAGAUCCCAUGGGAAAGCCUUUCAUCCAGAACAACCCUUCAAUUCCAGCAGGCUUCCAUGACUUGGGAUUCACGGACUUCUCCUGUAGGAAGUUCCCCCGCAUUUCUCAGGUCUGGUGUGAAACAAAUUUGCGAAGGUGCAUCAGUGACUUCCAUCGAUUUAUUUGCGAGAUGUGUAACAAGGCAUUCCCCAUGCUUUCUGCACUCAAACUGCACACAGAAACUCAUGUGGUGGAUCAGGGAAAAGACAAGCACAAGCCACAGUCCAUGACCCCACCUGGUGAGAACCCAGACCAGAAAGCCUUCAUGGCAUCCUUGGGCCUACAGUACACCAAAGACAUCAAGCCUGUCAAGCAGGAGGACAAUACACAAGAUGAGGUCCAAGAAAUGCGGCUCAGAGCACUGAAGAGUAACCUACCUCAGGAACCUGGCAGCACCAGUCUGCUCAGCCUCUCUCCUCUGGAAGCUGCCUCCAUGGGAGGGUCAUUUUCAGUCCUUCCCCCUACAAAAGAAAACAUAAAGCUUCUCUCACUGCAGCCUUUCCAGAAGGGUUUUAUUAUCCAGCCUGAUAGCAGUAUUGUGGUGAAACCAAUCUCUAAUGAAUCUGCCAUUGAGCUGGCAGACAUUCAGCAGAUCUUGAAGAUGGCUUCUUCUGCUCCUCCUCAAAUCAGUCUUCCUCCACUUUCUAAGGCACCUUCUGUCCCUGUGCAGUCGAUUUUCAAGCAUAUGCCACCACUGAAGCCAAAGCCUUUGGUAACGCCCCGAACAGUUGUCGCAACCUCUACACCUCCUCCUCUUAUCAGUGCCCAGCAAGCCUCCCCUGGCUGCAUCAGCCCAAGUCUCCCACCUCCCCCUCUGAGGCUGAUCAAGAACUCAGUGGAGUCUGCCUCCAACUCUCAUCUCCCCCAGCCAGGAGCCAAAUCAAGUCCUUCGCAGUUGCUCCUCCAACCCAAAGUAGAGCCUUUAACUCAGCAUGAGAUGAAGACACAGCUGGAGCAGGACAGCAUCAUUGAAGCUCUCCUGCCUCUAAGUAUGGAAGCCAAGAUCAAGCAAGAAGUCACAGAAGGAGACCUCAAAGCCAUCAUCGCAGGGGCAGCGAACAAGAAGACCCCGACUAUGAGGAAAGUUUUGUACCCCUGCCGCUUCUGUGACCAGGUGUUUGCCUUCUCUGGUGUCCUGAGAGCUCACAUCCGUUCUCACUUAGGUAUUUCCCCGUAUCAGUGCAACAUCUGCGACUACAUCGCGGCUGACAAGGCAGCGCUGAUCCGGCACCUGCGGACGCACAGUGGGGAGAGGCCUUAUAUCUGUAAAAUCUGCCACUACCCAUUCACAGUGAAAGCCAAUUGUGAGAGGCACCUGCGAAAGAAGCACCUCAAAACGACCAGGAAGGAUAUCGAGAAGAACAUCGAAUACGUCACCAGCAAUGCUGCAGAGAUGGUGGAUGCCUUCUGCUCCCCAGACACGGUGUGCAAGCUGUGUGGAGAGGACCUGAAGCACUACCGGGCCCUCCGCAUUCACAUGAGGACACACAGCGGCUGCCAGAAGAAGAAACCAUUCGAGUGCAAGGAGUGUGGCACGGCCUUUUCGGCCAAGAGGAAUUGCAUUCACCACAUCCUCAAGCAGCACUUGCAUGUGCAAGAGAAGGAGAUUGAGAAUUACAUCUUAAUGGUGGACUGCAGUGCCCAGGAAAGCCAGACAGACCCUUCUUUAUUGGAGGACAGCACUUAUAUGGACCACAAGCCCAUGACGUCUUUCCUGGAGCCACAGAAUGGCUUCUUGCUGGGAGCAUCAUCUCACAUUUCCAUCAAACGUGAACCUGUGGGCAACUUCCCCAUGGAUUUUGAUGAGCCGUUGGAUUUCUCUCAGAAGAGCAAAAGCCUGAGUGCUGUGCAGGUGAAGCAGGAGAACCUGUUUGGUUCAUCUCUGUCCCUUUACGACUGUUCCAUGGAGCCUAUUGACCUGUCCAUCCCAAAAAUCCUGAAGAAAGAUAAAGAUGAUGCCCCCUGUGAAGCCCGGAGUCAAGAGUUGGCUGCUUCUGGGAACAGUGAUAAAGCCUAUAACUGUCUGCAGUGUCCUUUGGUUUUUGGUGCCAAUGGGAACUCAGAAGCAAACCGGGGUGUCAGACAUCCCCAGCCACUGAAAGGUUCGUUGCAUUUGACUGUCCCGAUCAUUUCCCCGGCUCUUGCUGGCAAUUCUGCCUUGCUGAGACCCCUGAGGCCUAAACCACCACCACCACCUCUCUUGCCAAAGCCUUCAGUAACUAAAGAGCUGCCACCAUUGGCUUCCAUUGCACAGAUCAUUUCAUCUGUGUCUUCUGCUCCCACUUUGCUGAAAACAGAGGUUGCAGAUGCCAGUCCCAAGGCAGUGAGCAGCUCCACUGGGUGUGAUAAAUCAGGGAAUGCCAAAGCUAAAGUGACAAUCGUGACCACCAUUCAGAGAGACUCCAGCCUGCCCAGUGACCUGUCUCAGGCUUGUGAUCCAGAGCAGUCUCCCAUUGCUGAUGCUGGGUUGACUAAGAAAAGAGGUAGAAAGAAAGGAACAAAAAAUAAGCCUAAACUUAGUAGUAGUGUGGAUCUGGAGUCAAGUGGGGAAUUUGCCAGCAUAGAGAAGAUGUUGGCUACCACAGACACUAAUAAAUUUAGCCCAUUUCUGCAGUCCACUGACAAUUUCAAGGAAGAAAGUGGCAGAAAUGGAACAAGUGAGGAUGAGAAGGAAACUGCCAAGGAUAAGCUGCUGAGAGGGAAGAGGAAUGCUUACUCAGACUGCCUGCAAAAUAUCCCCUGUCCUUACUGUCCUCAAGUCUUUUCAUGGGCACAUGCCCUGCAGCGGCACAUGCUCACUCACACAGAGAGCCAGGUGGAUGCAGAGACACUAGCUGCGGGAAACAAAGUCCUGAACCUGAGCUACAGCGAGAAGGAGCAGUCAGAGGAAAUGACAGAGCUACCGGAGGGUGAGCGCGGCCCCAAGGAGGAGCAGAAGGCGGGCUCCCUUCUGGCAGAAGAGGAUGCUGAAGAAAAAGUGGAUGGAUAUGAAGAGGGCCCUGAGGAAGAUUCUGUAAGUAACAAAAGUCUUGACCUCAAUUUUGCCAGCAAAUUAAUGGACUUCAAGCUGGCAGAGAGUGACCAGAGUGCAGGCAGCAGUUCUCAGACUGAAAGGAAACAUGCCUGUGACAUUUGUGGCAAAACCUUCAAGUUUGCUGGCACUCUUAGCCGUCACAAAAAGGCCCACAUUCGUGAGGACAGAAAGGAUGAAAGGAGCAGUGAGGAUGAAAGCAAAAGCAUUCAGGAUGAUGCAGGAGCUCCCUCGAUGCAGGACUCUGGUCUUGAGCAGGAAGAGUCUCCGUUGGACUUGAAGGUAGUGGAGUCUCCUGUGGACUUUGAGGCAACAGGAAAGGAGAAUGAAGAGAGCGAAAGCAUCUCUGAGGGGGAAGGCACAGAGAGAAAGUCCACUGAGAAGAGCAGUGAUGACAAACCAAAGACUGAUGGGGCUAAGAGUACUGCAAAAGCAGACAAAAGAAAGAAAGUCUGUACUGUGUGCAACAAGCGUUUCUGGUCUCUGCAAGAUCUGACGCGACAUAUGCGGUCUCAUACAGGUGAGAGACCUUACAAGUGUCAAACCUGCGAACGGACCUUCACUCUGAAGCACAGCCUGGUCCGUCACCAGCGCAUCCACCAGAAAGUCAAAAAUGCCCGAAACCAUGGCAAGGAGAGCGACAGGGAGGAGACGCAGUCGAGGUGUGGAGAAGACAGUGAGAACGAGUCCAGCCACAGCGGCGCCAACCCCAUCUCCGAAAGUGAGUGCGACUCCGCGGGGGGUGUCGGUAGCCAUUCAUCCCUCGUGGGGAGCCGGAACGAGCCCCUGGCCGGAGCGGUCGCGGACUCCCCCUGCGGAGAGGAGAGGAGCAGCACCUGCCUCGCCGAACCCACUAAGAGCGCACAGAAACAGAUGGCAAAAGACCAGGAACCGCGGCACAGCUCCGAGCACGAGGGGCCCUCGGGUUUCAUCCAAGACUUGCUGGAGAUGCACAACGCGCCGUCUCCCAUGAAUCACAUCCUGGCCUCUGCAGACAGUGCGCCUCAGCUCUUAGGGGUGGAAUGACUUGCUAGGAGGUUGGACCCGUCUCAGCAGGCAAACUGAAGCCAGCAGAGCAAGGUUUCUGGAGUCUGGUUUUGGAAGAGCGACCUUACAGCUACGGGGAGAGUAUGGCAGACUGGAUGUGGUGCCAUAUGCCUUUCAGUAUAAUAAUGCAAGAGACUACAGUAUAUACUGAUUUGAGUGCCUUACUACUUUAUUAGAUCUUUUGGUAUUAUAGAUUUUUUCAAAAAUGAUUUUAAUAUUUUAAAGAAUUAUUUGGAGAGGACCCUUUUUCAUUUAAGCAUUAAUGUUACCUUUUGUAUUGGUGUGCGUGAGCUUGUUCUUGUAUAUCUGUGAUAGUCGCUGUGUUUGUUCUCUGAGCUGGAAAUGGGGCAGUGGGGUGGGAGGCCCUUGGAUACCAUAGCCAAUAACUGGAAGAAAAAUGAUGUGAAUUUCAUAUGAAAUAGUCAGAGGAGAUGCAGAGGAGACGUUGAUUUAUUGUUUUUUUUCCUCAGUAGAUAUUCUUGCAUUUGCCACAUGGUGGAGCAUUAAGCCUGUUCCAGGCCUGAACAACGUGGCAGUUGAAGGUGUUCAAAGUGGUUCAAGCCAAAAGUAGGAAACACAAAUUAAUUUCAACCUCAAGCUUGUUUCCACUUUUCAGCAUUAGAAGUGGUCUUCUAAAUCCUAGGGGUUUUUUCUGGCCGUCACGGACUGAGCGUGUAUACAGAGAAGAGUUACAUAGCAACGUAACCUAUGGAAAUUAUGCACCCGCUGUUACAUAUGUUUGAUUUGCUUCAGUAUAUUAUUAUUAUUAUUAUUUUAUUAUUAUUUUAUAAAUCCAUCAAUUCGCUUGUCUCUGCAGUCAGCAGAAGCCAAUGGGCAAUAUUUGCCCACGGAGAUGCGUAGCGCAGCUUGGAUCCCGUCUCGGAGUGUUCUUGACCCAUCGCUUUCACCAGCUCCUCCUCCUCCUGUUGUUGCAGCUCUUCUACUGUACUUUACAUGAACCCCUUCCUCCAACCAGACCGUCCCACGGAGGCCAGCGAGGUGCUGUCCCCGUGGGGGACCACAUCUCCCUCGCGGCAUGACCUCGCUGCCCUCCUGUCGGUGACACCCCCCAUCACCCACAGAGCAAAGUUACUCCGUCUUCCAGUGGAAAGCAAGAGAGAAAUGCGAGCCUUACCCUCAUUCUUGCUUCUGUCGUGUUCUAAAAGCAAGAAAGUACUACUGGUGAUAAAACUACGGAUAUACGAUGUGUUAAAAAAAUAAAGUAAAUAAAUCUAAAAAAAAUGAAAAAGGAAAAAAAAAAAAGAAAUUAAUUCUUCCUGAGAUUUUGGGGUUGAUGCUUGAAGACUUGAGGUGUGUGUCUAAAUUUCAUAUCAGUAAUUUAACCCCUUUAAUGCUGGCAGCUGGAAUUUCUCCAUAUGGCUCCUGUUGCCGGCAACAGGUGACACUCCAGCCACCAAUAUUGAAGGGGUUAAACGAAAUGUAUCCUACUGUAGCUGCGCAUUUUUAGGAGUGCCCAGCGUUUUUUGUUGUUCUUGUCGUUGUUGUCAUUAUUGUUGUUUGUUAAUUGUCCUUCAGUCAUGACCUCUGGGACAGACAGAGCCAUAAUAGCAUUGCCGGAGCCUCACUGUGCUAUUCCACCACUGCAGCCCCCAGCCCAGCCCAGCCCGCACUGUGACCCUCCCUCCUUCCUACCGCAGAAUUGCUUUUCCUGCUCUCACCAGACAUGGAGGAAGUGGGCCUCGGACCCAGUCUAUAUUAUAUAAUAUAUAUGUAUAUCUAUAUAUAUCUAUAUAUUAAAAAAUUCUCGGAAAAAUUUCUGGAGACUGAAAUCUCACUGUCCAGAAUUCAAAGGAAGAGAAACGUUCUUGAGUAAUAUUCUUGCAAAUAGAAUAAGAAAAAAAUGGUUGAGGUAUAUGUGAUUUCUAUUUUUUUGUGUUUUGUUUUUUUUUUUUUUUAAUUUUAAAUAGGGAUGUUUGAACCAGUUCAGAAACGAAGCUAAUGCCAGAUAUAGAUAAAUCAAUCACAACCAAUGAUUCAUUUGAAACUCUACCCAGGUGCAUUCUACUUAAUUAAAACCAGUUCACGCAUCCCUUAAAUUGUUAUUACUAUUAUAAUUAUAAUAAUAAUUAUUAUUUUGGG